UUGCAAUCUCCGAUCCGCGCUUGAGCGACCUUUUGAGAGAGAAUAGCAAAUACGGACAUUGGAGGGUGAAUGUAGAAGUCACGUGUACUGAGUUCUUCUCCAUUGAUCAUCUCCGCUCACAUGUAUCGGCCCCUUCGUACUCCAUUCCUAACUUUGCUUCCACGGAAUUCCUCGUGGGAAAUCGCAUCGCAGCUCCCUGCGCUCUUACCAGCAACUGAGUCCAAUCCGACGCCCAUUCAUAUCCACGUGCAUUAUGAACCCAUCCGGGUAGCUUACCAGACGGUCAUUGAUCUUGUACCGAAGCUUCUACCCGCUGACCCAUCAUCCCCCAAACCCUCGCAACCGCCAUGGCAACCAGACAUCAUCCUACACAUCGGCCUCGCUGCAAGCCGACCAUGCUACACGCUAGAACAGGGCUCAUACUCCCUCGGCUACGGUCAGCUUAACGAUGUCGAUGGGAACCUGUUCCCCGACUCGAAGGCCAAGCACAAGUUUCCCAGCACGCAAUUCCCGGCGCGUCUGGAGACCAGCUUCGACACUACCGACGUGCUAAAGCGAUGGCGAGAGGGAAUUGAAGGAGACGAGCAAAUAGAGCUGCCUACCGUUGUGCAACCCAGCAACGACGCCGGAAAUUUCAUGUGUGGUUUUAUAUACUACAAUUCGCUGGCGCAUUACUACAGCAUCAACAAGGCCGAACGUCCCGUGGUGUUCCUCCACGUUCCUGAUCUGACCUCGAGCGAAAAAGAGUUGGAGAAUGGGAAACGUGUGGCAAUACACCUCAUCCAGGCAUUAGUGGCCAGUCGCAAGGAGAGUGGCGUCGUGGAUGAGACUAUGAAGAUUGAGAAGAGCAGCAGUGGCAGUGCCGAUGUCGAUGCUGCAAAGAAUCGCACAGAUGUCAAUUUUGCCUAGUGGUGUCAUACAGGUUUGGGUAGUCGGUAACAUGACCCUUGAUUCAUUCUGUAGCUAUAUAUACAUACAAUAAGUCCUGCAUGACAUUUCUAACUGUUUAUUGACAAUUGGUUGCCUUUUGCCUAUGUUCAUAUACAUUCAUCGGGAAAUCCGGCCUGCAACAAUGCGGCGCGCCUACACAGCUUCAUCCUUCUCCAAUUCCAAGGAACGCGCAUGCGAAACAGAUAAAUAUGAAUUGUUCGGGCGAUAUAGCUUACGUGCGGGUACGGGCAGGGUUCAAGGUGACAGUGAUCCGCGUCCUUCCCCACAAGUUAUCAAAAAAGGGGGAGAGCGGAAUCUCCGGACAGUCAGCGAGCACAGAUUCGGUCCUUUGCGUGAAAUGAAGUCAUCCCAUCGAGCUCACCACGUACCCUAUCAGAUAAAUGUGGUGUUAAUGAGCGGAGAGUACGUAAGGCAUGAUUCGUUAGCAGGGGUAGCAUCCCUUCUG